CACGUGUGUCCCGGUCCUCGACACCCUUCUGUGAGCCUAGGCACCCAUUUCUCCUCCUGUGACAGGGACAUUAGUGGAGCCUUCUUAGACCCACAGGGGUCCUUGGUGAAUUUUGUCAUGGUUAUUUAAGGAACCUUGCCUAGAAGUCCCAACUUGCAGUUCCCCAUUGACGGGAAGGCUUGGACUCCAAGAUGAUUAUAAAGGAAUAUCGGAUUCCUCUGCCAAUGACCGUGGAGGAGUACCGCAUCGCCCAGCUGUACAUGAUACAGAAGAAGAGCCGUAACGAGACAUAUGGCGAAGGCAGCGGCGUGGAGAUCCUGGAGAACCGGCCGUACACAGAUGGCCCAGGCGGCUCUGGGCAGUACACACACAAGGUGUAUCAUGUGGGCAUGCACAUUCCCAGCUGGUUCCGCUCCAUCCUGCCCAAGGCAGCCCUGCGGGUGGUGGAGGAGUCUUGGAAUGCCUACCCCUACACCCGAACCAGGUUCACCUGCCCUUUCGUGGAGAAAUUCUCCAUCGACAUUGAAACCUUUUAUAAAACUGAUGCUGGAGAAAACCCCGACGUGUUCAACCUCUCUCCUGUGGAAAAGAACCAGCUGACAAUCGACUUCAUCGACAUUGUCAAAGACCCUGUGCCCCACAACGAGUAUAAGACAGAAGAGGACCCCAAGCUGUUCCAGUCAACCAAGACCCAGCGGGGGCCCCUGUCUGACAACUGGAUCGAGGAGUACAAGAAGCAGGUCUUCCCCAUCAUGUGCGCAUACAAGCUCUGCAAGGUGGAGUUCCGCUACUGGGGCAUGCAGUCCAAGAUCGAGAGGUUCAUCCAUGACACCGGACUACGGAGGGUGAUGGUGCGGGCUCACCGGCAGGCCUGGUGCUGGCAGGACGAGUGGUAUGGGCUGAGCAUGGAGAACAUCCGGGAGCUGGAGAAGGAGGCGCAGCUCAUGCUUUCCCGAAAGAUGGCCCAGUUCAAUGAGGAUGGUGAGGAGGCCACCGAGCUCGUCAAGCACGAAGCCGCCUCGGACCAGGCCUCUGGGGAGCCCCCGGAGCCCAGCAGCAGCAAUGGGGAGCCCCUAGUGGGGCGCGGCCUCAAGAAACAGUGGUCCACAUCCUCCAAGUCGUCUCGGUCGUCCAAGCGGGGAGCGAGUCCUUCCCGCCACAGCAUCUCGGAGUGGAGGAUGCAGAGUAUUGCCAGGGACUCAGAUGAGAGCUCAGAUGACGAGUUCUUCGAUGCGCACGAGGACCUGUCCGACACAGAGGAAAUGUUCCCCAAGGACAUCACCAAGUGGAGCUCCAAUGACCUCAUGGACAAGAUCGAGAGCCCAGAGCCGGAAGACACACAAGAUGGUCUGUACCGCCAGAGUGCCCCUGAGUUCAGGGUGGCCUCCAGCGUGGAGCAGCUGAACAUCAUAGAGGACGAGGUUAGCCAGCCGCUGGCUGCACCGCCCUCCAAGAUCCACGUGCUGCUACUGGUGCUGCACGGAGGCACCAUCCUGGACACGGGCGCCGGGGACCCCAGCUCCAAGAAGGGCGAUGCCAACACCAUCGCCAACGUGUUCGACACCGUCAUGCGUGUGCACUACCCCAGCGCCCUAGGCCGCCUUGCCAUCCGCCUGGUGCCCUGCCCGCCCGUCUGCUCUGACGCCUUUGCCCUGGUCUCCAACCUCAGCCCCUACAGCCAUGACGAAGGCUGUCUGUCCAGCAGUCAGGACCACAUUCCCCUGGCUGCCCUCCCCCUGCUGGCCACCUCCUCCCCCCAGUACCAGGAGGCGGUUGCCACAGUGAUUCAGCGAGCCAACCUUGCCUAUGGGGACUUCAUCAAGUCCCAGGAGGGCAUGACCUUCAAUGGGCAGGUCUGCCUGAUUGGGGACUGCGUCGGGGGCAUCCUGGCAUUUGAUGCCCUGUGCUACAGCAACCAGCCGGUGUCUGAGAGUCAAAGCAGCAGCCGCCGGGGCAGCGUGGUCAGCAUGCAGGACAACGACCUGCUGUCCCCGGGCAUCCUGGUGAAUGCAGCACACUGCUCCGGUGGUGGCGGUGGUGGUGGUGGCAGCAGUGGUGGUGGUGGCAGUAGUGGUGGCUCCAGCCUGGAGAGCAGUAGGCACCUGAGCCGAAGCAACGUCGACAUCCCCCGCAGCAACGGCACCGAGGACCCCAAAAGGCAACUGCCCCGCAAGAGGAGCGACUCAUCCACCUACGAGCUGGAUACCAUCCAGCAGCACCAGGCCUUCCUGUCCAGCCUCCAUGCCAGCGUGCUGAGGACUGAGCCCUGCUCACGCCAUUCCAGCAGCUCCACCAUGUUGGACGGCACAGGUGCCCUGGGCAGGUUUGACUUUGAGAUCACUGACCUCUUCCUCUUUGGGUGCCCGCUGGGGCUGGUCCUGGCCUUGAGGAAGACUGUCAUCCCAGCCCUGGAUGUUUUCCAGCUGCGGCCGGCCUGCCAGCAAGUCUACAACCUCUUCCACCCCGCGGACCCUUCAGCUUCACGCCUGGAGCCGCUGCUGGAACGGCGCUUUCACGCCCUGCCGCCUUUCAGCGUCCCCCGCUACCAACGCUACCCGCUGGGGGACGGCUGCUCCACGCUGCUGGUCGAGACCGUGCAGAGAAACCCCGAGCUGGUCCUGGAGGGCAGCCCCCUGGCCCCUCUCCCCCACGGGGACGGCUUCCUGGAAACCAGUAUGCCUGUUCCCGCGCCCACCUGGCAAGACGGGCCCCGCCCGGGCUGUGCCGAGUGUGUGUACCCUCCCUUGCUCGUGGUGACGUCUGCUUCGCUGGUUGACCCGGUCCUCAGGGACACCCCCCAACCCAUGCCCUCCUUGGCCACUCACAGUUCAUGGGACCUGGGUGCGGAUGUGCUCCAGACCCACAAUGCAGCCUUCCAAGAGCAUGCCGCCCCCUCCUCGCCCGGCACUGCCCCUGCCAGUCGUGGCUUUCGCCGAGCCAGUGAGAUCAGCAUCGCCAGCCAGGUGUCAGGCAUGGCUGAGAGCUACACGGCAUCAAGCAUUGCCCAGAAGGCCCCCGAUGCGCUCAGCCAUACCCCCAGCGUCAGGCGUCUGUCCCUGCUCGCCCUGCCCCACCCUAGCCCCACCACCCCUGGCCCCCACCCUCCAGCCAGGCAGUCGAUCCCCGGCCUGGAGAGGGCCCCUGGCCUCCCUGAGCUGGACAUCGGAGAAGUCGCUGCAAAGUGGUGGGGCCAGAAGCGGAUCGACUACGCCCUGUACUGCCCUGACGCCCUCACGGCCUUCCCCACGGUGGCUCUGCCUCACCUCUUCCACGCCAGCUACUGGGAGUCAACGGAUGUGGUCUCCUUCCUGCUGAGACAGGUCAUGAGGCACGACAACUCCAGCAUCUUGGAGCUGGAUGGCAAGGAAGUGUCGGUGUUCACCCCCUCAAAGCCAAGGGAGAAGUGGCAGCGCAAGCGGACUCACGUGAAGCUGCGGAACGUGACGGCCAACCACCGGAUCAAUGAUGCCCUCGCCAAUGAGGACGGCCCCCAGGUUCUGACGGGCAGGUUCAUGUAUGGGCCCCUGGACAUGGUCACCCUGACUGGGGAGAAGGUGGAUGUGCACAUCAUGACCCAGCCGCCCUCGGGCGAGUGGCUCUACCUGGAUACGCUGGUGACCAACAACAGUGGGCGUGUCUCCUACACCAUCCCUGAGUCGCACCGCCUGGGCGUGGGUGUCUACCCUAUCAAGAUGGUGGUCAGGGGAGACCACACGUUUGCCGACAGCUACAUCACCGUGCUGCCCAAGGGCACAGAGUUCGUGGUCUUCAGCAUCGACGGUUCCUUUGCCGCUAGCGUGUCCAUCAUGGGCAGCGACCCCAAGGUGCGGGCCGGGGCCGUGGACGUGGUGCGGCACUGGCAGGACCUGGGCUACCUCAUCAUCUACGUGACGGGCCGGCCCGACAUGCAGAAGCAGCGGGUGGUGGCGUGGCUGGCCCAGCACAACUUCCCCCAUGGCGUGGUGUCCUUCUGUGACGGCCUGGUGCAUGACCCGCUGCGGCACAAGGCCAACUUCCUGAAGCUGCUCAUCUCCGAGAUCUACAUUGUGGGCCGGCCCACCAAGAAGCUGCAGCAGCAGUGCCAGUUCAUCACGGACGGCUAUGCGGCCCACCUGGCGCAGCUGAAGUACAGCCACCGGGCGCGGCCCGCUCGCAACACAGCCACACGCAUGGCGCUGCGCAAGGGCAGCUUCGGCCUGCCCGGCCAGGGCGACUUCCUGCGCUCCCGGAACCACCUGCUUCGCACCAUCUCGGCCCAGCCCAGCGGGCCCAGCCACCGGCACGAGCGGACACAGAGCCAGGCGGAUGGCGAGCAGCGGGGCCAGCGCAGCAUGAGUGUGGCGGCCGGCUGCUGGGGCCGCGCCAUAACUGGCCGCCUGGAGCCGGGGGCGGCCGCGGGCCCCAAGUAGGGCACCGUGAGUGCAGCGCGGGGUCUCCAUGGUGCUAGGCCAGGGUGGCCAGCCCCGCCAGGAGGCCUGGCCUGGGCACACGCACAGACGUGGGCCUGGGAGGUUGUCCCAGGGCCUCGCGGAGGACACGGGCCGCGCCACACAGUGCUCCCUGCCCUGCCUCAUGUCCUCGGGCCUGACGGGUCCGGCUUGUCAUGGAAGCUGGCAGGGACCACCAGCCCCAGGAUGGCAGAGGGACCAGAACUCCCCAUUCAGACUGGCCUGGGAGGCUCUCCCAGACAUUUUGCCCUGCGUGGAUCUCCAAGUGUCCUGGUGCCAGGUGUGGGCCCAGGCCCAGCCUGCCACCUCCCCAUCCACUGGCCACCCUCACUCCCAGGUCCCCUCCCAUUUGGUAGCAGCUCCAACAGGGGUCCAGCCUGCAUCUUGUUAACUCGAGUUUCUCAACUGUUCAACCUCACUGGUUUUGCACUGAUUUUUGAGAGCGGAGACCCAUUACCACCUCCUAUGGCUGCAGCCCCGUUGACAUGCAUGAAACUCAGUACCUGCCGACCCAGGACCUACAACCACACUGAAGGCUCCAGUGCGGCAGAGCCUCGUGCAAGCAGGAGAGAAAGGCCGUAUCUUAAUUUCUGCGCCCCAGACCCCUGCCCACCUGUCUGCCUGCCCCGCCUGGAGCCCAGGCCAGUGUUGUUUCCAGCCUCAGGCCACGGGCUGGACGGGCCUGGCCACCUCUUCCGCUCCCUGCCAUCAGUCAAGGCUGCCCGCCCAUGUUUCUACGCCUUUCUACUUCUCAAUCUGAUUUCUAUGACGUUUUUUUAAAUGAGCAAUCCUUGGCUGCUUCCUUUUCUUAACUCUUUCAGUACCGAGAGCAGCCCCUCCACACUGAAAACACCCAGCACUGUGACGGAGUCCAGCCUGGUUCUGGGUCCCGUGGGCCCUGCUCCUGCCCACUUAGCGAGGCGUGGGCUCCUUGCCUCACCUGGCCCCGGCAAUCCCACUGAAUUUCUACUCUGGGGUGGGUGGGGCACACACUUCGGUUUUUUUAAUGCCAAUUCCGUUUUCAUGCCGAAUCUAAGAAGCCACAACUUGCUUUGUCAGCUUCAGGGCAGGCAGCCAUGACUUCAUUUCUCGCCUGAGCAAGGACCAUGCUGUCCUGCACGCUGGGUCUGGCCGUCUGCCCUCUCUCCCCAGCACCAAGCGUGACCUUGGCUGUGGCGCUCAACGGCCAGCUCCGGCGGCCCCCCUGCUGCUCCUCAGCUUUCCCGGAAGUGGGAGAGCCUGCCUGGCCUCGGCCUUUGUCCAGCGACCAGGCUCUGUCCCCAAGAAGCUACGGCUGACCUGGGUCUGAUGUUGGGACGCAUGGACCGGGCUGGGGAGGUGCACAGUGAUGUUAACUUUUUCCCGUGUGUAGAUAUGUACAGCCAAAGGGUCGUGUAAAUGUUCUGCAAAAGUGGGUCUAUACAGAGUGAAAGCUAUUUAUUUUGUGCAGAGAAAAAUGUCUGGAGGGAUGGAACCUUCAGGGUUUAUUCAUAUUUAAGAUGUAGCUUUUUGUUGUUGUUUCAGGCAUUAUAUAUAAAGCAACGAUUAUUUUAUGGACCAAGUUUUCAUGUAACUGUUGCAGUGAAAGUGCAAUAUCUGACCCCCCUGCUCCCAGCGGGAAGUUGCCUGGCCCGACAAUCACAGCCCCGGUCAGGGGCCCUGUGGCCAGUGCCUCCUCCUCUCUCGGCCCCACCUCAUCCUGUCUUGCCUGCUGCCUCGGUGACCAGCCAUCCAGAGAAGCACCUGGAAGAGUCUCGGGCCCUCCUGCAAUAAAGGCCGGGAGGCCCUGUGGGCAGUGGGCUCAGCCUCUCCCCCGGGGGGCAGCUCCCCUAAGGCUCCUCGCUCCCCGCCUGCCUGCCCAGCCGCCAGCCAUGCCAAGGACAACAGCAAUAGUCCCCUGGGGCUCUCCCAGCGGCCCUCAGCCAUAGACGGCAGGGUGGGCAGCCUGCCCCCCAUGGGAAGUCUCUUCUGUAUCCAGGUCUGCUUUCCACCUCCCUUCAGAUUCCUUUUUGGCACAUUCUCCUCUUGAGGAAGCACCAGUCUUUCUGAAACUAAGAGAGGGACAGCAAUGUCCUUUAAAAAUACCAAAAAUGUUUACAGAGUUGGGUGCUGAGCUGCAGGGCUCAGGCCUGACCAGUCAUAACCAAAGGGUGAGGCAGGCCUUGCUGACUGCCACCCCCUGGGCCUGUUUGUUAGAAUAGAAGCCUUAGUCCCACUCCCACCACACCCCCAGGCCCCAGACCCCACCACCUGCCUUCUCUUUGAUUUCUAAAGAGGGAUUCAGCAGAGACCCCCCACCCCUCCCUGGCUCGGUCUGAGUCCCACUGUCUGCCCCAUCACAGCCUUCACGUCUCAGCCCCUCCCAUCUGGUCUGUCCGUGUGCCGUCUGUCUCUCUGGGCCACGUGUGAGCCGUGUCCCCACUCUCCCCAUCCGUCCCUGCUGUCCCCGCAUCAUUGGGCCUGAGUGUGCUCUGUAUACAACGUCAUGUCUGUUAACACCAAUUAAAGAAGCGGGAAGGCUUC